AUGUCUGCCGUGACAACCACGACUACGAACAACGAGAUACAGAGCGUGCAACCCCCCGCCGAUCGCCAGGCUUCUGACGUCCAAGACACAAUCGGCCCUGACUCAUCGCCCGCCUCUACAGGACUCAGUGGGCAGACGAUAAGCGACUCAAGGACAAGUCUCGACGGCCAGUCGCGGACUUCGAAGCGCAGCUUCCUUGGUCGUCAACGCAACGGCAGCGCGUCCAGCAAGCGCACCGGUGACAACAGCGACACGAUGAAUUCGACAGGAAACACAGCGCCCAGCUCGCCAGCUCAGAAGAGGAAGAAGAAGAGCGGUGGGUUCCUAUCCUUCCUGGGUUGCUGCGGGGCUCCCGAUUCUGGCAACAACGCGGAAGGGGAAACCGAGAACGUCCACAAGCUUGACAAGCUUCCGCAAAGGCCAGCCACUGCCAAGUCAAGGACGCAGACCCCCCAGGAUGCGAAAGAUGCCAAGUCGGCGGAUCCGAAGGAGGAUGAGCCGCCGUCGCACACCGUCGAGGACAACCACACGCCCGCGGCGGAUGAUGGCGACAGGAUAGCUCCUGUCGAGGGCAGCUCGAGCAAGACCGCUACUCCUGCUGUCACGAUAGAGCCGCCUCAAGCGCAAACCAACAACAGCGAGCCAGCUGGCAAGCAUGUGGUCGCCGAGGAUGUCUCGAUGGGCGAUGCUCCCAUAGACGAAUCCGCCAACGGAGCAGUUGUGACGGCAGAGCCAGAGACCAAGGAGACUAUCCCGCCUCCACCGCCGCCUAUUGUCCCUGCCACAACAACAAUUACGCUUGCGGAGCCCCCAGUGGCGCAACCCCAGCAAGCUUUGCUGCCGCCCUUGGCUCCUGCGCUGAAGGGGAGAAAGUGUCUCGUCUUGGAUCUCGACGAGACGCUUGUCCACAGUUCGUUCAAGAUACUACACCAAGCCGACUUUACAAUUCCUGUGGAGAUUGAGGGGAACUACCAUAAUGUGUAUGUCAUCAAGCGCCCCGGCGUCGAUGAGUUCAUGAAAAGGGUUGGUGAGCUGUACGAAGUCGUUGUCUUCACGGCUUCCGUCUCUAAGUACGGCGACCCGCUUCUGGACCAGUUGGACAUCCACAAGGUCAUCCACCAUCGGCUGUUCAGAGAGAGCUGCUACAACCACCAAGGCAACUAUGUGAAAGACCUUUCGCAAAUUGGUCGCGACCUCAAAGACACCAUCAUCAUCGAUAACUCGCCAACCUCAUACAUCUUCCACCCUCAGCACGCCGUGCCUAUCAGCAGCUGGUUCUCCGAUGCUCACGACAACGAGUUGCUGGACUUAAUCCCUGUCCUCGAGGAUCUUGCAGGGUCGACAGUGGCCGAUGUCAGUCUUGUUCUCGACGUCACUCUGUAA